UUUACUCUGGUACAAAGUGUACGCAGUUUUAGAGUGUCUGAGUCCUGGGUGCAACAGAGUAGACGUUCACCAUGUCUGCAGGGUGGAUAAUCUGCGUGUUUGUGUGCGUAUGUUUUUCUUCAGGGUCUUUUGAGAGCCUGUUCAUCUCAAAAGGAACUGAGCAAUGGGUCAGUGAUACCAGCACCACCAGACUUUUAAAGAAGCGAAGUGUGAGCAGUGCUGAGAUAGAGGUGCAGAGCGUGAAGGUGGACUGCAAGGUGACAUCACGCUUCGCCCACACGGUCAUGACCACCAAAGCUCUCAAUAAGGCCAACGUCUCACAAGAAGUGUCCUUUGAGGUGGAGUUGCCCAAGACCUCCUUCAUCACCAACUUCAGCAUGGAGAUUGAUGGCAAGACAUACACAGGUGUGGUGAAGGAAAAAGAGAAGGCCAAGGAGCAGUAUCAGAAGGCCGUGGCAUCUGGACAGACUGCUGGUUUAGUCAAGGCUUCGGGCAGAAAAAUGGAGAAGUUUUCUGUUUCUGUGAACGUCGCAGCAAAGAGCACUGUCAUAUUCAUUCUCACCCAUGAGGAACUUCUUCAGCGACAGUUUGGCAAAUACGAGCUCAUGAUCAGAGUCAAACCCAAACAGCUGGUCCAGCACUUUGAGAUUGUAGCAGAUAUCUAUGAACCUCAGGGAAUUGCAUUUGUGGACGCCUACGGUACAUUCAUGACCAAUGAGCUGCUCCCUCUUGUGGAGAAAACUGUCACUGACAAGAAGGCCCAUGUGUCCUUCUCUCCAACACUGGAUCAACAGAGGAAAUGCACUGAGUGUGACGGGACAUUAAUUGAUGGAGAUUUCUUCAUUAAGUAUGAUGUCAACCGUCCUCAUGACAUCGGUGAUAUUCAGAUUGUGAACGGAUACUUUGUGCAUUUUUUCGCACCAGCUAAUCUUCCACGAGUACCAAAGAUGGUUGUUUUUGUGAUAGACAACAGCUACUCUAUGGUGGGAAAUAAAAUGGCACAGACUAAAGAGGCUCUGGUGACCAUUCUGGGUGAACUGCCAGAGGAGGACUACUUUGCCAUCAUCGUAUUUUCAGGCUAUUUUGUUGUAUGGCGGCCACAUUUAAGCAAAGCAACACAAGAAAAUGUAAAAGCAGCCCAGGAGUAUGUCAAAACGAUUCAAGUUUUUGGUGGUACUGAACUGCAUAAUGCUGUCAUUCAUGGCGUCGAGAUGCUGUAUGAAGAGCGGCGUAACGGUACAGCCCCAAAGAACAUGGUGAUGAUGAUCAUUUUGCUGACUGAUGGGGAACCAAACAAAUAUCCAAGAUCUCUUCCUGAGAUCCAAGAGAGCAUUCGUAAUGCCAAUGAUGGGAAUAUCACAAUCUUCAGUUUGGCCUUUGGUAAUGAUGCCAACUAUGGAUUUUUGGAUACUUUGAGCAAGCAGAACAAUGGCCUGGUUCGCAGGAUUUACGAGGACUCGGAUGCUCCACUUCAGCUAGCGGUAGUGAAACUGGGUCAAAAUAUUGAUUCCUUAUAGAUGAGCUAAGUAAUGAUUUUUUCCAAU